AAGAGAGCUUUGGGCAAAAAAAAAAAAAUUGAGAGAGAGAGAGAGAGACACUGAGUGGGGCUGUCAAUACUGGUAUGUGUUGAUUUGGAUUUACUAGUAACACAGUAAAUGAGCAUUUAAUGUGGAGAGGGGUUUGCUUUGCUUGCUUUUAUUUGUGCUGCAGUGGAGAGAGAGAGAGAGAGAGAGAGGAAAGAGAGGUUCUUUUUGAGCUCUCUCAGGUGUGUUAAUGGAGUCUUGACAUCUCUUCUUCACUCACAGAUUUGAAGGUUUUAAGGGCCUUUUUUGCACUCACCGUCUACAACACGUGAAACCCUUUUCUCCGUAUUUCUUCCUGUGUUUCUUGCUGAAUGCGAGGUUCUUUGCAAAAUUUGGGGAUCUGGGUUUUGGGUUCUAGGGUUUGACUAUCUCUCUUUCUUGGGUUUCUUCCUAAUUUCUAUUUCUUGUUCAACUCUUCGCUGGAAUGAGGCUUUGACUUUGUUGAAUUCGGUCAUUUCAAUUUUUGGUCUUGUGUUUCUGGGGGUUUUCACCUGAAAAUUUUUGAAGCUGAGCUGAUAUUUCUUAGCUUCUGCAAAUUUCUCUUUCGUUUUUAGGUUCUUCAUUUGCAGAUGGACUUUUGAAGAAAUCUAAAUUUACAGUUACGUUGAUCUGAUUCUAGAGUCGAGACACUCUCUUUCUCGUUGCAGUGCCUAGGGUUUUAAACUGACCCUCCUUUGUUUCUUGUACAUGGGCUAAACUCAACUGAAUCCAUCUGUUUUUUUGAGUAUUGAGCUAGGUUUGCUUUCUUGGUUCUCUCUCCGACUGGUGGUUAAAGUCAAAAGCUUUCAUGCAUCUUUCACUGUGGAAGCCCAUAUCUCAUUGUGCUGCUCUAAUCUUGGAUAAGAAGGGCAGGAAAAAGGAUGGGUCUGAAUCCAAUCUUGAAAUCAAGAAAAACCCAUCAAUUCUUCGGAAAUUGCAAGAAAAUAAGCUCAGGGAGGCUCUAGAAGAAGCAUCUGAAGAUGGGUCUCUCUUCAAAUCCCAAGAUAUGGAGUCUGAGUCACUUGGAAACCAGGACGAGAGCCUUGGGCGAUCAAGAUCCCUAGCAAGACUCCAUGCCCAGCGUGAAUUCUUGCGAGCCACUGCCUUAGCUGCAGAACGCAUAUUUGAGACUGAAGAUUCCAUUCCUGACCUCCGUGAGGCUUUCUCCAAGUUCCUCACAAUGUACCCAAAGUACCAGUCUUCAGAGAAGAUUGAUCAGCUAAGGUCAGAUGAAUAUGCACAUCUGACUCCAAAGGUAUGCCUUGAUUACUGUGGAUUUGGGCUUUUUUCAUAUCUUCAGACUUUGCAUUAUUGGGAGUCCUCUACAUUUAGCUUAUCUGAGAUAACUGCGAAUUUGAGUAAUCAUGCUCUGUAUGGUGGUGCUGAGAAGGGCACCGUGGAACAUGAUAUAAAGACCAGAAUUAUGGAUUACUUGAACAUCCCUGAGCAUGAGUAUGGCCUUGUUUUUACUGUGAGUAGAGGGUCUGCGUUUAAAUUGCUCGCAGAAUCAUACCCUUUUCAUACUAAUAAGAAGUUGUUGACCAUGUUUGAUUAUGAAAGUCAGUCUGUGAGUUGGAUGGCUCAGAGUGCCAGAGAAAAGGGUGCAAAAGUAUAUAGCGCAUGGUUCAAAUGGCCAACUCUUAAACUCUGUUCCACUGAUUUGAGAAAGCAAAUUUCAAGCAAGAAAAGGAGGAAGAAGGACUCUGCAGUUGGUUUGUUUGUGUUUCCAGUGCAGUCAAGAGUUACUGGGGCCAAGUAUUCAUAUCAAUGGAUGGCGCUGGCUCAGCAGAACAAUUGGCAUGUCUUGCUUGAUGCUGGGUCAUUGGGUCCCAAAGAUAUGGACUCACUUGGGUUGUCCUUGUUUCGGCCUGAUUUCAUUAUUACUUCAUUUUACAGAGUAUUUGGGCAUGAUCCAACUGGUUUUGGAUGUCUUCUUAUCAAGAAAUCUGUGAUGGGAAGCCUUCAGAAUCAGUCUGGAAGUACAGGGUCUGGAAUGGUAAAAAUUACACCAGAAUAUCCUUUGUACUUGAGUGAUUCUGUUGAUGGUCUGGACAGAUUGGUUGGCAUUGAAGAUGAUGAAGUUGCUGGGAACGCUGAAACAACCACAGAAACUCGCCCGGGAUCACAGUUGCCUGCAUUUUCUGGUGCAUUCACAUCUGCUCAGGUGAGAGAUGUAUUUGAGACGGAAAUGGAACAGGACAACAGUUCUGAUAGAGAUGGGACGAGCACUAUAUUUGAAGAAACUGAAAGUAUUUCAGUUGGUGAAGUAAUGAAAAGCCCGGUCUUUAGUGAAGAUGAAUCAUCAGACAACUCAUUCUGGAUUGAUUUGGGCCAGAGUCCAUUGGGGUCGGAUACUGCUGGUCAGUUAAACAAGCAGAAAAUGUCCUCUCCCCUACCACCUUUCUGGUUUUCUGGCAAGAAGAACCACAAGCGACUCUCUCCAAAACCAACAUCAAAGAUAUAUGGUAGCCCACUGUAUGAUGACAAGGGGAUUAACAUGGGCCCACAUGAUGACCACCAUAUGCUGUCAUUUGAUGCUGCAGUAAUGUCCGUUUCACAGGAAUUAGAUCGUGUUAAAGAGGUUCCAGAAGAAGAACAAUUUGCAGAUGCAAACUGCACUCCACAAAAUGGUAGAAAGGGUUCUGAUCAUCCACAUGUUCAUGAGAUCGAGGAAGAACCUGGAAGUAGCAACACAGUUUCAGUUGGUUCUUUGUCAAAUUCUGAUGUAAAUAGAUCUCACCUUAAUAAUUCAAAAUUGGCUGCUGCACAUCAUGGCCUAGCAAAUGGCUUGAUCUCAGCAAUUGGCUCAGAGGUGAAAGAGAGUGCUAUAAGAAGAGAAACAGAAGGUGAAUUCAGGUUGCUGGGAAGGAGAGAAGGGAAUAGAUAUGCUGGUGGUAGAUUUUUUGGUUUGGAAGAGAAUGAACAUCCAAGCAGGGGAAGAAGGGUAUCAUUUAGCAUGGAAGACAACCGUAAAGAGCAUCUGAGUCAUACUCUGGAGCCAGGAGAAGUAUCUGUAACCAGCCUGGAUGAUGAUGAGUACACCAGUGAUGGGGAAUAUGGAGAUGGGCAAGAAUGGGAUAGGAGGGAACCUGAGAUUAUUUGCCGGCAUUUGAAUCAUGUGAAUAUGUUGGGUCUCAAUAAAACCACGCUCAGGCUAAGAUUUUUGAUCAAUUGGCUAGUGACUUCAUUACUUCAACUAAGGUUUCCCAGUUCAGAUGGGGAAGGAAGAGUCCAUCUUGUUCACAUCUAUGGCCCAAAAAUAAAAUAUGAAAGAGGUGCAGCCGUAGCUUUCAACAUUAGAGAUAGAAACCAGGGACUGAUAAAUCCAGAAGUUGUUCAGAAGCUUGCUGAAAGAGAAGGCAUCUCUCUUGGCAUUGGUUAUCUUAGUCACAUACGGAUCUUGGAUAGCCCGAAACAGCAGCGUGGUGCUUUGAACCUUGAAGAUACUACUCUCUGUAUGCCGAUGGAGAACGGGCAAAACAAUGGAAAAAGUGGGUUCUUAAGGAUUGAGGUGGUCACUGCAUCUCUGGGAUUUCUUACCAACUUUGAGGACGUGUAUAAAUUAUGGGGUUUUAUUUCCAAGUUUCUUAAUCCAGCCUUUAUCAAAGAGGGUAGUCUUCCAACGGUUGAAGAGGGAACAGAGUCGUGAUCUCUCGGAUAGCUAUCAAUGCUACAGUUGCAGGUUGAAAAAAGAAAGGAUGCUGUUGGCAUGGAAAACAAAUUUGGGUUACAAAAUCUGAGAGUCAGAGCUGAAGAUCAAAAGCUAGAGAAGCUCAGAGGGUGUUGGUGGCCAUAUACUUUUGCUCUUCCUUUGGACUCUUUGAUUCAACGGGUGAAUUUGUUAAUUCUUGUUUGUUUUAUAUUUUCCCCCUUUUUUCUCCUUUGGGUUCUUGUAGAAGGUGGCAUUAGAUUUUGUAUCAACUCGGGAAGUUAUGUUGACCUCAAAGCAGAUUAGUAUGGACAGCACUUUCACCACCACCGCAAAAUUCUGCUUUCGGCCUAUACAAAAUCAAAAUUUCUUGCUUUGUAAAAAAAACAAAACUUGACCUUUAUUUUGCCUGUUGUAGUCUAUAAUACAAUUCAGUGGCAGGAAGGUGUUUGCACAUCUGAUUGGAAAUUGCAAAAUCCCAAGUAUUAACUUUGUU